GGGAGAAAGGGAAGGAAAAACGAAAAAACUGGUCAGAAAAAGUGGGUACGAAUUCAAGAAUUACCAUAUACAUAACUGAUCGAGUGUUCACUGACUCAUUAAAGUACACAACCGACGUAUUUUACAUGAUGCGUUUGGUUGACUAUGGCCCACAAUUCGGACCUAUUUUGAAUUUUGUUGAAAUUAAAAAUAAAUGGAGUCAUAUUGCCAAUCAUUGGAAAUGUUUUGACAAUUUGUGUAUAAAUACAUUCGAACCAACUGGUAAAUGCAUUAAUGGAAAUGGAUAUGUUAAUUUAAUUAAUGAUGAAAAUAUUAAAUAUAUUUAUUACAAGCGUGCUUUUCAUAGACGUAAUGAAAUUGGUUCUGUUUAUGCAGAAAAUGCAUUUAAAAAACUACAAAAUUGUUCCAAUUAUUUCUAUUAUUUUGAAGUUAAAUGUAUAUUUGAAGGAAAUUUAAAUAAAGAUGAGAAAACUAUUUAUAUUGGUCUCAGAAAUAGUAUUUCAGAUAAAAGAAUUUUUUAUUAUGCUAUGCCUCCUACAAUUUAUAACGAGAAUAACAAGAAUCAUGAAGCUUUUAAACUUCCAAAUCUUUCUUGGAAUAAUAGUGAUAUUUUUGGUUGUGGAUUAGUUUAUCCUUCAACUAAUAAAUUAGCCGAAGAAUUUCCUUACGUUUUCUUUACACAAAAUGGAAAACAAAUUGGUAAGGGUAUAUUAUUAAAGGACAAUUUUGAUUCAUAUAAACUAUUUGUUCAACUGAAAUGUUGUUCUGUUGAAACAAAUUUUGGAAGCAAUUUGGAGUUAAAACCGUUUAAAUAUGACAUUUUAAAACAUUCAAUUCUUAAAGAAUUUUAUUGA